AAAGAGGGCUUGCCGUGAUCUGGACUGAAGCGGAUGAGACCAGAAACCUUUGUUCUGUUUCUCCUCCCUUUGCGAGACUCAAAACAAGAUCCUGCUCCUACUCCAGUCGGCUUUCAUUUAAUGGCUGUGCGGUAUUUAAGGACUGUUUUGAUGGUCAGAAAUUAGUAGGCUGGAACAUUUUAUUCCUGAUCGCUACAACCCAUCCGGGGCCAUCCGAUCCGGUUUGUGUCAUCUGCUAAAUGGAAAUAAACCGCGGAACUGAAAGUGGCAGCCUACGAGGUGCGUGAAUCCUGCAGAAAUGUCACGACAUCAGCCUCUAGAUGCUCCCUGCAGUGUUUCUGCCUGGACCAACUUGAGGCACAAGCUGCUAAUAGGUAAUGAUUUUCCUGUCCAUUAUCUACGCCUUUUGGCCCCACCCCUGCAGAUUUUCUCAGCCACAAUGUGGCAAGUUGUGCAGCAGGGACUUGUGGAUCACUAUGGGAUGCUAGAGGAGUUUGUUACCAUGGUGACAGAGCUGGUCCCAGAACUGAUGAGCUACAGUCAGAGGGCUCAGCUCAUCCUGGGGCUGAGGGCCAGGCUGGUUCUGGAGCUAUGCCGGGGUGAGCCCCCAGUGGACAUGCCGACCAUUCAGCCACAUCUGGACAGAAUUAAAGCUCCUGUUAGCACUGGCAAGGAUCCCCAUGUAACCAUUAACCAGGUGGAGGAAUCUGAGGUUAACUUUGUGGAGCUGGUACAUUCAUUACAAGCGGAUCCCUCCAAAAGGAAAUAUUUCUUUGAGGAAGUCUUUCCUGUGUAUUUUGGGUCUAAGUACGAUGCAGCACUUGAGAUGCUGGUGUGGGAGUUUGUAUCGAGACUGGAGGAACUUCUGCCUGUUCCAGACUUUACACAGUUGGCUUCUUUGCUCGGAGAUUCUCCAUCCUUCCUGGAAGAAUGUUUACAAUCCUUUUUCCCCUCGGACGAUGUGAAGGCUAUACUUGAACAUCACAGAGACCUUGGCCAUUUUGAAGAGAAAGAUCCUAGGUUAUUACCGAUGGAUGACUGCAUCCUCUCCUCCCUGUCCCUCCCUUCUGUGACCAAUCCUGCCUCGAACACUGCCUCCAGCCCACCCACAACCCCUUCAGAAGAUAAGGAACAUGUAGAGGAUCCCAUCAUCAGCACAACAGAUGCAGAGAAGGAGAGCAGGAAAAGCCCUGAAAACAUCCGACACAGACUGAGGGAGAGAAAAGACAAAGGCAGUCGACAGCAAGACCUUGCUACAUCGGCUGAGACUGAGGGUGCACGUUCAGCAGCCAAGGAGAACGGCCAAACCUUGAGAAGUGGACGGGCUCUCAGGAAGAGGAAGCUGAGUGGAGGUGAAGAUAUUCCUACAGAGCAGCCAAUGGAAGCAUCAGGUUUCAUGGAUUCCUCAGUGGAUGGUGACAAUUCGGGUGAAUCUCCUCUAAUCUCGAUAUGGGGAGACUAUACAGACUCUCAGGAAGGCGUUGUCCCACCUGUAGUAGACACAAAGGUGCCCUGGUCAGAUGAGGAGACACUUAAUCUGCUGGACAUUUGGGGGAAGGACUCUAUGCAGCGGGCUCUGAAGGGCUGCCUGAAGAACCGUCACAUAUUCACGCAAAUCGCUCAGAAAAUGGCAGAGAGGGGCUACAUGAGAACAGUUGAACAGUGCCAGUCAAGGAUCAAACGCCUGAAGAAAUGUUUCCGUCAAAAGAAAAGAGGGAACUCUAGGCUGGAGUACAAAUUUAGUGACCAGCUGAAGCGGGUUCUCGACUCCUCAGCUCCUUCCAGUUUCCCUGAGGCUGCUUAUGAUGAUGAAGAAGCUGGUGAUGAAGAUGAGUCCCAAGAAGUUGAUGAGGAUUUGCAGUCUGCUGGUCGCACAAGCCGUCCAGAAAUCGGAACAAGAAGUGCCGUAUGGACAGACGUGGAGUCGUUGGCCCUCAUCAAGACGUGGGAUGAAGACAGGAGGCAGCGGGAGUUGAGAGGGAUGCACAGAGGUGGACACAUUUUUUCUGUCAUAUCCAAGAAGAUGACAGCUCAGGGCUUCUCUCGAACUCCAGAGCAGUGCCAAACAAGGCUGAAAAGACUGAAAUCGAGGUUCAGGCAGUGCUACGAGAACAACAUGAGGGGUCGGGAGCAGGUGGAGUGUAAGUUUUACAAAGAGCUGGAAAGAAUUCUAAAGAAGGACCUUCCUGUAGAGGAGGACAUUGAAACCACACCAGAAGAACCAAAGGAAGCUGACGUUCCUGACUUGGCCCAACAGGACGGCGAGGCGGCUGUUGGUCCUGAGGAUAGAAAGAAAGUGCCCUGGUCUGACAAAGAGACCAUCAUCCUUCUGGAGAUCUGGGGAGACCCAAAGGUCCAGCAGAGCCUGAAACUCAAAUCACACAAUGGUCACAUUUUCACUGAGAUUUCAGAGAAACUGGGUGCCAGUGGUUUUUCUCGCAGUGCAGAGCAGUGCCACACCAGAAUCAAACGUCUGAAAGCUAAUUACCGCCACUGUCAGGAAAACAUGAGCUCAUCUGGGCCGGCGGAUAAAGUCGACUUCAAAUUUUAUGAACUGCUGGAGCAAAUCAUGGACAAGCAACCAUCAACUUCCUCUGCUGUGGUGACGGACUCCAUUGAAAUGUCUGAGGAAUCCAACAGCGAAUCACUGACUGAAACAGAUGCAGAAGCCAUGUCAGCAGAAAAAUCAGUAUCCAGCUCGUGGACAGAUGAGGAGACUCUGGCUUUGAUCGAAAUCUGGGGUGAAGAAGAAGUUGAGAAAGCACUCAGGGACUUAGUCGACAACGGGCACGUUUACUCUGAAAUUUCCGAGAAAUUAUAUGAAGUUGGGGUUUCAAAAACCUCGGAGCAGUGCAGCUGGAAAAUCAACUCACUGAGAAACUACUUUCGCCACUGUUAUGACAGGAAAAAGAGUGGAAAAAGAGUAGAUUACAAGUUUUACAACAAGCUGGAGCAAAUUCUGGGACAGGAAGCUGUUUCUUUUGACGAGUUUGAUGAAAAAGAUGAACAAGCAGAUCAAGAUUCAGUUGCAGAUGGAGUGAACACAGUGUGGACAGAUGAGGAGACGCUCACUCUUAUUGACAUUUGGGCAGCAGAAGAUGUGCAGCAUGGUCUGAAAACCUGCGUCCGCAAUGGCCACAUUUACGCCGACAUAGCAGAGAAGAUGACUACCCUAGGAUAUCCAAGGUCAACAGAGCAGUGUCACUCCCGAAUCAAAAGGCUAAAGAAGACCUACAGGCGCUACUGCAACAAUUGCAGGAGUGGGGGGCGUCCUGCUAUGUUUCGUUACUACCAUGUCCUGGCUCCGGUGCUUGGCGAUAUCGCUGGCUUUGCUGAAAUGGACAACUCUGUGGCUGACGCCAUUUUGCAACCUCUUCUGGACCAGGAUCCUGACGUGUAUGAGCAGCCUUCAACCAGCCACCUCCUGGCCGAACAGAGCAAAAAGAUGCCCUGGUCAGACCAGGAGACCCGGGUCCUGCUAGAAAUCUGGGGUGAAGACAGCAUCCAGCUCACCUUAAAAGGCUGCCUGAAGAAUCGUCAUGUAUUCAACUACAUCUCUGAGAAGAUGAGUGAACAUGGAUACAUAAGGACUUCAGAGCAGUGCUACACCCGCGUAAAGCGCCUCAAAGCAGGCUUCCUUCAUGAGAAGGAAGAUUUCAAAUACUUCGGUGAAAUGGAGGAAAUCUUCAGGAAGGAGCUGAAAGCGGAUGGUUCAGUCGACGACACGUCACUCGCAGAAGAAUCGGAUGACAGCACUCCUGUGCUGAAUCAAAACAAAGCUGCUUCAGGAAACCAGUGGAUGAGUGAUGGCUCCAAACUCUCCUGGAACAACAGAGAGACUGAGGUCCUCUUGGAAAUUUGGGGGAGUGAGGACAUUCAGAAAACCUUAAAGGGCUGCACCAAGAACAAACACAUCUUCAUUCAGAUCUCUAAGGCCAUGGCCAGCCAGGGUUUCAUGCGCACACCUGAACAGUGUCAGAGCAGAAUAAAGAGGCUGAAAGCCAACUUCAGACACUUCCUCAAAAGCAAGAAGAAAGGACAAAAACAGGAAUGCAAGUUCUUUGACCAUUUGGUGCGAAUAUUUGGGAGCAACAGUGUAAACUCUGGCCCCUGGGCUGAAGAUACAGCUGACGAUUUAGAUUUGUGAAAUGGUCCAUCGGUGAAAAGCCAAAUCCUGACGACAAAGCUGUUGCAUACAGAAGGGAAAACAUCCAUGAAGGACAUGAUAAUAACAGCUACAGUGUAAUUGUUUACAGAUGUCACUAGGGGGCCUUCUUAGGCUUACUCCACUUGUAUUAUUCCUGUACAUACAUCAAAUACUUUUACAUUCUCUGGACAUGCAGACCUGCUUCAGUCUGUGUGUGUGAGUGUGUCUGAGAUUAUUAACUACAGAGCCAUGAUACUAAAACCAGGUCAGUGAGGGUUCAAGUGACAGGAGUCUCUGGUCUUGACCCCAGUGGAAAACAUGGUUGUAGUGCUGUUUUUUUUUUUUUUUCUUUUUUUUCACAGCUGAAAGUGAAUUAAAAGCACAUGCAAAAAUAGAUACACAAAAUGCCUCUAGCACUGUAAACCUCCUACAUUCGCCCCUUGGUCUAAAAUUUACAUUGAUUUGUUAACUGUUCACUUAUUCACUUAUUUUGUACUCUAUGAAUAGAUAUGAGCAAGUGUUACUGUAAGCAAAUGUUCAGAUUUUUAUUUAUUUAAGUUAUUGUUUACAUAUGGAUUCCAAAGUCUUCACAUUUUGCCUUUUAUAUUUCAUUCUUAUUUUCCAUGUGUAUACAUUUGCUCCAAUAAACUUGAAAUCUGUGGUUAAAAAGAUGUUGUCUGCCAAGUUAGCUGAGAAAAUACAAAAUAUUCAGAUUUUGCUUAAAA